UAUUGUCAACACACGAGUUGCGUUAAAAAACACAAACAAAUUACGCAUAAAAAUGAAAACACCUGAUAAAAGUUCUAUUUAUUCACGAUUAAAAGAGUUAAUUAAGAAAGAUGAUAAAGACGGUGUUAGAUCUUUAAUUAGAGAUGCUACUGUUAAUGAGUUAAUGGAAUUAAUUUUACCAAGAAUUGGUCAUGAUAAUGCACCAAAAAUACUUGAUAUGGUUUUGACGUAUAUUCCAACAUCAGAAGUAGGACAAACAAAUCGUCGUAAAUUAGUAGAAGCUCUUCUCAAUAAAAUAAUUGAAAGUGACGUCACAGGAUCAUAUGUAGCUGUUUUGGUGAACAGAAUUAUUGAAGAUUUUUCUAAAUAUUCCAAACUGCAACUUGUCAAACUUGUUGAUUAUUGUUUAAAUAGCAUAAGAGAUAAUAAUGAUCAAUUUUUUUGCUGGAAAGAGAUAUUACCUAUUUUGCUUCAAAAUUUAGAAGAUGAGAAAUUUAUUAAUUACAAAGGCAGUGAAGUAACUGGAACAGAAUAUAAAUCACUAAUAAUCAAAUCAAUAUGCAAUCAUCCAUGGGAUGGAGGGAUUCUUACUCCUUUAACUCAAAUGUUUGCGGAAAUUAUGAUGCAACCAGCAGAUCAUGGAACAGUUAUUCGAGCUAUAUGUGAUAAGAUUUCCGAAAUUAACCAUAAUGAGCUUCCUCCACUUGUGCAUCAGUUAUUAAAAUUAAGUAAUAAUCAAGACGGAAGACUUGUAAUUAACACAUUAACAGAAUUCUUCUCCAACGUUUAUUCUUUAGCGUCUAAAGAGAGUCCUACUGCUUAUGAUAUGGAUAGUAUUGGACAGAUUAAUUUAAAAGAAGUUAAAGACGCUGAAAGUACAGUAUUAUAUCACAUUCGUCAGUCAGUUUUAUUGAAUCAUUCAAGUUUAAAAGAUUUUUUACGUCAUUUAAAAAACAUCACAAAUGCUCCAGAGUUUAUAUUGGAUCCAUUCCCUAUGUCUGUGUUGCUUCUUGUAUCAGACAUUUAUGAAGACCAGGUCUUUGAUAUAAUCAAACAUGCUCUCAUCAGAAAAAUUCAGGAUGAUGAAAGAAGAAAAGCUGCUACGUGGCUAAAAGAAAUUUUACCAAGACCUUGUGAAGCUAUGGAUAACUUUAAUAAAGUAAUAGAGAACAGUUAUGAAGACCGUCAUUUAGUGUUAAAAGGUCUUGUAGAGUUGUCUUUCGUUCUUCUAGAAGCUAAGAUAAAAGAUGUUGAUGAUAAAUUACUUCAUGAUAUUGGUUUGAAAAUCAUCCAAAAAUUAAUCAAAAAACGACAUGAAAUAGGUGCGACUGUUUUGCAACACCUUACGAAUAAAAUCAUAGCUUCAGGAGCUUCUGUUUCACAAUAUACUGACUGUUUAUCUUAUAUGUGCCGUAAAUCUACGUUAACAGUUCUUGAUUCUCAAGUGUGGAUUUCUACACUACUUGAGCAAUUAUUAGCAAUACCUGGAGAAGCCGCAAGCCAAGUUCUUGCCGCAACUUUGCCUUUAAUUAAACUGUCAGCUAACAUUCGAGAUACCUUAGUGUUAAUUUUACGAAAGGCUUUAUUUAGAAAAGGAAUUCAAACCCGUCAAAUGGCGGUCACAGGAUUUUUACAAUUUUUGAUGGAUUUAAAAAUUGCACCUUUCAGCUUAAGUCAAUCAUCUUCCAACACUUCAACAUCUACUUCAGGAUCAAUUUAUACUCAAGCAACUGUUGAAAAAACUACUCCACAUACUCGAAGUAAUCCUCGACAAAAUUCAGCGUUUUGUCUUGAAAUUUUAAGUAUAUUGACCAGAUGUUUAUCACAUGAAGUUGAAAUCAAGCAGCAUUUAUAUAAAGGUUUAGAUGAUGCUGUUUCAUCUAAUCCUGAAUUAGCAGAACAUAUAAUUGACAUGUUACUGACCCGCUUGAAUACUUACUAUGAAGCUGAUGAGAACAUUAAACCACCUCUGAAAUUUGAUCAAUGUUGUAAUAUUAAUGGCCCAGAAGCAAUCCUUCAAGAACCUAUUGGAAACCUUAUAUUUGCAUUGCAGAAAAUUUAUUGUCAUGUAGCAGAUAAAGACUUGCCUUGUAUUGAUCAGCUUAGCAUGGUUCUUGAAUCUUUAUCAAAAAGGAUGUCUCAUCUCAAAUUAGAGGAUAUAGAUCUUGAUGAUCAUAUCGAUUUAAUGGAUAAUUGGCCCAAGUCACAGCAAAAAGUUUUGACUUUACAGUUAAGCAUAUCUGUUUGCGAAACUCUAAUAGCUUAUAAAAUAAAUUCCUGGUCUCCAGAUAACGACAAUGUAGCGCAGAGCGUGAAUAGUCUCUUUAAAACUUACAAUGACCAAGUAGAGUUUAGUAAAAAAGUUAACAAGCCAAAAAAAGUGGAACCAAAAAAUAAAAAAGAUAAAAAUGACAGUACUUUUAAAAAACCCCGUGGGCGGCCAAUGUCAAUAAAAAUAUUUCCUACGUUGAUGGAUGUUCAGACUUUGAAAAAAAUGAUUUCUUUAUUGUUUGAACCAAGCGUUCCUUGGUCUACAGAAGAUCAAGCAAGUAUUUUAAAAAAGCGUACAGAGUUUCACAGUUAUACACUUCGUACAUGCAUUCAAGUUUUUCAUAGAGUGAAAAAUUUAUGGAAUUAUGAACGAAGAAAACAUUGUAAAAAGUAUAUUAAGGAUUACAUUGAAAUUGGACAAGUUCUUUAUCAUAACACAAUAGUAGGCUUAGAUACCGUACGAGCAUUAGAUGAAGAAAUUGCUGUUCUUUGUCUUGAAUGUUUCAAAGAAUUAUGCGAUUUAAUGUGCACUGUGUUUAGUUCAGAAUUGCCGAUAUUUCUUUCCAAAGUCUGUGAUGUAGAAGUUUCUGAGGAUAUCGGAAAUCAUUUAUGCAAAUUGAUAUCAUCAUUACAAACUCACAUUGACACUCACUAUGCUGAAGAAUUAGAAGAAAAUGAAGGAACUAAAAAAAUCCCAUUAGUGUUGUUUGAAAUUAUAUCCACACUUGCUCAUAAAGCUUUACUAACCAGUGUUAAAAUGAACAAACUCUUUGAAUGGCUUAAAACAAUGGCUAAAUCAGAUAAAAUCGAUGCACCUGUUGCAGUAAUUAUUCUUCAAUUAAUAAUCAUGAUUGAAGAUCGUGAUGCAGAAUAUGGAAAAAUUUUAGAUGAAAUGAGUUUGGAGUUAUGCAAAAAGUUUGGAACUAUAGAUAAUAGCGAUCCUCCCAUCACGGAGAUAUAUAAAAUAUUAAACGAUUCUACAUUGCUACAAGCUCAUACAGUAUUUAAUAAUUCAUUAAAAAAUAAAAUGAAUAAUGCAGCUUGGGCAUUGGGUAGAUUGAAAGCCGAGCAAAUUGUUAUCAACACAUCUUUUAUGACAAAUGAGAUGCUUCGUGAAAAAAUGAAAGAAAAAGAGCGAUGUUUAUGCAAACAAUUAUCAUACACUAUCCAAACACAAGAAUAUUUAGCUAAUGCUAUAAUAAAUCCAGGCCCUAACACAGAACAAACUUUUAAAAACCUUCAGCAAUUAUAUAAUAUUAUAAAUACUCUUACGAAACAUUUCAGCAAUAAAUCUACCGCACAAAAUCCUGCAUUCCAAGCAGUGAAAUUUAUACAAGUCAUUCAACUGGCUGGCAAAUCACUCAAAACUACUUUUUAUAAUUUAAUAACAUUCACCGAAGAACAUCAAAGUAGUGGUCGUAAAACAGAUGUUCAAGCUUUGCGUAAUAAAGUUUUAAAAGAAACUAAAUUCAUUCCAAAAGUUGUGUAUGAAGUAGAACAGUUUAAUAAGGAAAUAUUAGCACUUGGAAAGAAGACUGGAAUACCACUUGAGAGUCAUAUUAAGCACAGUAUUACACGUGACUUCAGAAUAAAACAGCCUGAACUAGUUGAAGGACUUGAAAGGCUUGAUAUUACACAGAUGAUGACCCAAACACAACAACAAAGUUCACAAAGGCAUCUUCCACUUGAUGAAACACGAGAAGAAACUACAGAAAUUGACAGUGAUCUCAUUGAAGAAUCACCUCCAUCAAAAAGAGCACGAAGAGAUUCAUCAUCAUCUUCAGUUUAAAAUAUAAAUCAUUGUGGCUCGUGGAAAUGUGGUGGUAGUAUUCCUUUUUUUAUAUAAAUUAUAAUUAUUUUUUCUCUGAUUUUUUAUGCGACAAAGUCGAGUGGUCUAUUGAAACCACCUUUACGAUUCAUAUAUUGUCGAUAUUUCCUUUUUAAUAUCACAUGAACUCCUCCAGCAUCAUUUCCUUCAACUUUUUUACCUUUAGUACUAU